GGUGAGGUAGCUUAAAAGGAGGAGAGAGAGAGUUGUGGGGAGGGUGCUCCUCACCGUUGUGGUUGCUCUAAUCGAUGCUUUUGGAUUUUAAAAACAUUUAUUCCUUUUUUUUUUCUCUCUCUUAAUGCUCACCUUAAUGGGCAACUAAUGGGUGUACUCUCUAUAUUAUUUCUACUUUGUUAUUACCCGUAUAUUAGUACUCCGUAAUAACUUACAAGUUGUAUUUCCACAUCUUCACUGGAACAUUUUAUUCUUACCUCUUUUAUAUAUACUUGGUGUAUAAAAGGGAAUUUGUUGACCGUUAAUGUUGGUAUUGAUUGUUUGAUUCGUGACACAGUUGACUCAAAGGCACUACACAAAAAGGAAGUUACUUUGGCGCAUUUGCAGAAACCUUAAACAAAAAACAUCCUUUUUCUUUCUACGCUCCAGAAUUAUUAGGAAUCCUAUAUUAAAGCAGUCCAAAUUCACACCAACAAAUGUCUUUCAUCAAUCAAUUUCUAAUUUUUUUUAUUUUUCUAUCAAAUCAAAAUUCCAUGAUCAUCAAACCCCAUUAACUAUGAAUGUGAAUCUUGUUGAAAUGGGAAACAAUUGUGUAAAAGUAAUCGAAUUUCAACUAUUGCCCACCAGCUGUUCGAUGAAAUUCCUCUUUCAGAAGAUUACUAGUUGAGCUUUUGGCCUAAUUCUGUAAGGAACACCAGAUUUUCGUAUUGAUUUGCUGAUCCAGCAUGGUUUAUAUUUAUAUACAUGGCAUUGAUGAUAAUGUUCAGCAAACUGAUAUAGUUGCAGCAAUCAAAAGGGGAAGAGAAGUCCUUCUUCAGGCUUUUAAUUGGGAGUCUCACAAAUUUGACUGGUGGAGAAACUUAGAGAAAAAGAUGCCUGACAUUGCCAAAUCAGGGUUCACAUCCGUAUGGUUGCCACCUGCAUCUCAAUCCUUGUCCCCUGAAGGUUAUCUUCCACAGAAUCUGUAUUCACUUAAUUCUGCUUAUGGUUCUGAGCAUCUGCUGAAAGCUUUACUACAUAAAAUGAAGCAGCACAAAGUCAGACCCAUGGCUGACAUAGUAAUAAAUCAUCGUGUUGGGACUACCAAAGGCCAUGGAGGGAUGUACAACCGUUAUGAUGGAAUGUCGUUAUCAUGGGAUGAACAUGCUGUUACAUCAUGUACUGGUGGACUGGGAAAUCGAAGUACUGGUGACAACUUUAAUGGUGUUCCCAACAUUGAUCAUACACAAUCGUUCGUUAGAAAAGACAUUUCAGAAUGGCUGAGGUGGCUGCUGAACAAGAUCGGCUUCCAAGACUUCCGGUUUGAUUUUGCAAGAGGCUAUGCAGCAAAUUAUGUGAAGGAAUAUAUUGAAGAUGCAAAACCAGUAUUCUGUGUUGGAGAAUAUUGGGAUUCUUGUAAUUAUCAUACUGGUCGUUUGGCCUACAACCAAGACAGUCAUAGACAACGUAUUAUCAAUUGGAUUGAUGCUACAGGACAACUUGCAACUGCAUUUGACUUCACAACAAAAGGAAUUUUGCAGGAAGCUGUUAAGGGAGAAUACUGGCGUCUUCGAGAUUCACAGGGGAAGCCACCUGGUGUAAUGGGUUGGUGGCCUUCAAGAGCUGUUACAUUUCUUGAUAAUCAUGAUACUGGCUCAACACAGGCUCACUGGCCCUUCCCAGCAAAUCACAUUAUGGAGGGUUAUGCAUACAUCCUAACACAUCCUGGGAUACCAACUGUGUUCUAUGACCACUUCUAUGAUUGGGGUACAUCCAUCCAUGACAAAAUUGUAAAUCUGAUCAACAUCCGAAAGCAGAAUGAUAUUCACAGUAGGUCUUCUAUCAGGAUACUUGAAGCUCAACCUAAUCUCUACUCUGCAAUCAUAGGGGAGAAGCUAAGCAUGAAGAUUGGAGACGGAUCAUGGUGCCCAGCAGGCAGAGAGUGGAAACUUGCUACUUGUGGUCAUAGAUUUGCUGUGUGGCACAAGGAAAACUAAUUGGAUGAUCAAUCCGAUUAAUAUGAAGUUAUGGUCAGUGUCUUAUACAAACUUAGAAUAAUCAUAACUUUGUGGUCAUGUACUCUUUUUUUCAAAUUAUUCCAAGUGAUCGAUCUUACACCUAAUUAAGAUUUUUUUUUCUAGAUUAUUAAGUCAAAAUCUCUUAGAAUUAUAAUGAGAAUACCUUGCGGUUGGGGUUAUUAGUCUUAUUAUUGUCAUGAUGAGUUAAUCCAAAUAAAAGGUAGAAACCUAAGGAGACACUCAAAAGGUUGGAUUAUCACAUUGUAACUUUCCUUUAUUUUCCAUAACCUAUUUAUGUACUCCGUAUGUAUAAUAUCAUGAGUAUGUUCAGCUAAUGUUAUGUUCAUGCUUUACAA